GAUGAUGUGUUUUGUCAUGUGACUUCGGGGCCUUGUUGUCGGAAUGCCCAAACUAAAAAUGUCAUAUCUUCUCCCCAUGACGUCCAUGUCAACAGUUCUGACUGUUGGUGUCAAUUGUUUUGGCAGUUUUGAUUACUAAUUGAAUAUAACUACACAAACACAUAUAAAGUCAUACAUGUAUAUGUUAUAUAUUAGAUAGAUUUUGUCUGUCGAGCCAUCCUUUAGCUCAAUCGUGAGGAUUGCAACAGAUAGUUUUGAUUUGAUUUAGUACUAAGUUUAUAAGCAUUGCAACGAUACAUUACUACUUUACAUAGGCAGCUAUUGCUGGUGUCGUGCCUUCUACAUAACGAAUCAUAGACAACGUAGCAAAACAAGUACUGCAUAACCUACAAACCUGAAACAAAGCAAAUACAAUCCACACGAAGGGUAAAAUAACGAUUGCAAUACAGAAAAAAAUAACAGUUGUCCUUGUCCAAAAUCUGGGCUAAACGUUUAACGCAGCAUGCCAGCUGUGGAAAGUUACAUCAUAUGAUCAGAUAGAGGAAACCUUGUGACUUCUUGAUGUUUGUGCAUCACCACUAUCCUAUUUCUGUCUCGUAAACAGGAUAAGAAGUUGCCAGUAUGGGAGAGAUAAACAUUGCAUCACAACUUCUCUGGUUCAGACCGUUCUGUGCGCCACUGAAGGUUUUCUGUACUUUCUUCUUUAAGAUCAAGGUUCUGUACUCUGUUAGGUCUUAAAAUCUUGUCUUCAACUCAAGAAUCAAGAAACAGGGCUGCACAGUUUGUCUUCUUAAGAUAUUUUGGAAGCUGUUGUACUUGAGACAGUACUGUUGGAAGCCGAUGGCUGGUGCAGUGUGUGUGGUAAAUACUGGAAUCAUUUGUCAGACUGGUCAGAUCGGUUUGUGCCUCCGGACAGGGACAUGGGCGGACCGGUACCCUCUCCACGACGCGGCGUGCUGCGGACAGGUCCUCCUGCUGCAGAAGCUGGUGCAGGAGGGUGCGAACGUGAACGCUCGCACGCUUAACUCGUUUACCCCGCUCCACGACGCCUGCCUGGGCGGACACCCGGGCUGCGUUAAGAUUCUGAUGGGAGCAGGAGCACAGUUGAACCCGCGGACCAUAGACGGGGACACGCCCUUGACCUUUGCCUGCUCCAGAGGAAGUGUUUCCUGCGUCAAGCUGCUGCUGAACCAUGGGAUAUCCCCGGACCCAGGGCUCUUCACCAAGUCACCCCUCCAUGAAGCCUGCUUUAAUGGUCGGCACGAGGUUGUGGAGGUUCUCAUCGAUGCCGGGGCUGAUGUGGAGACAGUCGACUCACAGUACGGCAGUCCGCUGCAUGUGGUCUGCAGUAGGAACUACCCGGAGUGUGUAGAGUUGCUGCUCAGGGCCGGUGCUAACGUUGAUGCCACCAAGAACUACGAGACUGCCCUGCACGUGGCCGCCAAGGCUGGCAGCCCUGAGGUGGUGCAGGUCCUGCUGGAGUACGGGGCAAACAUCAACGCCAAGGACAUCAGCAAACAGAGGCCGCUUGACCUGACUGACCCCGGGUCGGAGGUCAGGAAAAUCCUCACGUACAGAGAUGCUCACCCCAGCCACCUGAUGCAGCUGUGCCGCCUGAGGAUACGGCACCUGCUGGGCAAGGAGAGAGUCAAAUUCGUGCAGCUGCUGAGGUUGCCUCCUCUUCUACAGGACUACGUGCUCUACAAGUUUUUCAAAUGAUCGUCUUUUGUAUAAGUCUUCAAAUUACACUCUAGGUAAUGCCCCUGUCACACCGUUAGCUACAUUCGGCCGUACAUGUGUUUGUUGAUUUAGCCUGAGUACCGUCCUCCGUA